GUGUAAUCUAUAAGUCAAAAUGAGUGUUGCUGCUUUUGGAAGACACUAUUUAUUCUAUAGAAAUACCAUAGGAAGAAUUUUGACAAGCAGUAGAGGAUGUUACUGUAGUGGGAGCUCCUCAUCACGUAUUUACAACCUCAUUAAGGCAACAGGACCAAUGACUGUAGCACGAUACAUGAGGGAAUGCUUGUUAAACCCAGUCACAGGUUAUUAUAUGAAAGGUGGGCAGGGCAUACUGGGACGUGAAGGAGAUUUUGUGACUUCGCCAGAAAUAUCUCAAGUCUUUGGAGAGUUACUAGGUGUGUGGGUGGUGGCUGAUUGGAUGGUACAAGGGAGACCUUCGCCAUGUCAUUUGAUAGAGCUAGGACCGGGGAGAGGAUCCAUGAUGAAAGAUAUGAUAAGAGUGUUUGCUCAGUUAAAGGACAUUUUACCAUCACUUGUUAUUCAUUUGAUAGAAGCCAGUCCAACCAUGAGACACCAACAAAGAGAGACUCUAACAGAUUUAUCACAACAACAACAACAACAACAACAACAUGAUAUUGAAGGGAAGGAGAGUGAAAGCAUCCAGUUGAGCAAUGGUAUUAAUGUCCAUUGGCAUUCAUCUCUAACUAAUGUACCCCAUGGCUUUAAUUAUUUCAUUGCUCACGAGUUUUUUGAUGUACUGCCGAUUCAUCAAUUCAUCGAUAUUGGGGAAAAUGAGUGGAGAGAGAUAUUUGUUGAUAUUGAAACUGAAACAAAAUCCUUGAAAUUUGUCAAAUCACCAAAUCCCACACCAGCUUCACUGGCAUAUACACAAUUACUAGGUGGCAGGUACAAGGAGGUUGAGGUGUGUCCUGAUGGUUUAUUAAUCAUUGAGGAGAUAUCAAGACGUGUGAAGACUAAUGGAGGGGGAGCCCUAAUUGCCGACUAUGGAGACGUGGAAAUAAAAGAUUUCACUUUUAGAGGUUACAGUGGUCACAGGCAAGUUGACGUCCUCUCUUCUCCUGGUGGCGUUGACCUUACAGCUGACGUGAACUUCAGCCAUUUAAUACAAAUCAUAAAAUCACAAGGGUGUGUCCCUCAUGGCCCUGUGACACAAAACCAAUUCCUACACCAGAUGGGAAUCAGACAGAGACUCGAUGUGUUAUUAGAGAAGGCGGAGCCUGAAGUAGCGAGAGGUUUAAUAAAUAGUUAUCAAUGGCUAACGAGUCCUGAGGAAAUGGGUGAAAGAUUUAAAUUCUUAGCAAUCAGUAAAGACGGGAAACAUGUACCAACACCUUUUCAAUGAUAUAGAAAAUGUUAAAAUAAAAA